CCCCCGCCGUCCGUUGGGCCCGAGCGCCCAGCUUCUCGCUCCCCAGCUCGCGGGGGCCGGGCCGAGCUGCAGGGCGGGGCCGCCCCUCCGUCGCUGCUGCCUCCUCCCCCACCCCCAGCCGCUGAGGAUGCGGACGGCCCCCGGCGGCGUCUAGCGGCCCCGGGCCCAGGCGCGAUGGUGCAGCAGCGGGGCGCGAGGGCCAAGCAGGACGGCGGGCCACCGCCCCCGGGGCCCGGGCCGGCCGAGGAGGGGGCGCGUGAGCCCGGCUGGUGCAAGACCCCGAGCGGCCACAUUAAGAGACCGAUGAACGCGUUCAUGGUGUGGUCGCAGCACGAACAGCGGAAGAUCAUGGACCAGUGGCCCGACAUGCACAACGCCGAGAUCUCCAAGCGCCUGGGCCGCCGCUGGCAGCUGCUGCAGGACUCGGAGAAGAUCCCGUUCGUGCGGGAGGCGGAGCGGCUGCGCCUCAAGCACAUGGCGGAUUACCCGGACUACAAGUACCGGCCGCGCAAAAAGAGCAAGGGGGCGCCCGCCAAGGCGCGGCCCCGCCCCCCCGGCGGCGGCAGCAGCCGGCUCAAGCCCGGGCCGCAGCUGCCUAGCCGCGGGGGCCGCCGAGCAGCGGGAGGGCCUUUGGGGGGCGGCGCGGCGGCGCCCGAGGACGACGACGAGGACGACGACGAGGAGCUGCUGGAAGUGCGCCUGGUCGAGACCCCCGGGCGGGAGCUGUGGAGGAUGGUCCCGGCGGGGCGGGCCGCCCGGGGACAAGCGGAGCGUUCCCAGGGGCCGUCGGGCGAGGGGGCGGCUGUCACCGCCGCCUCCCCGACUCCGUCGGAGGACGAGGAGCCGGAGGAAGAGGAGGAGGAGGUGGCGGCGACGGAGGAAGGCGAAGAGGAGACGGUGGCGUCGGGGGAGGAGCCGCUGGGCUUUCUGUCCAGACUGCCCCCCGGCCCCGCCGGCCUGGACUGCAGCGCCCUGGACCGCGACCCAGACCUGCCGCCCCCCUCGGGCACGUCGCACUUCGAGUUCCCGGACUACUGCACCCCCGAGGUUACCGAGAUGAUCGCAGGGGACUGGCGCCCGUCUAGCAUCGCCGACCUGGUUUUCACCUACUGAGCCCACCGUCAGCGGGGCGCGCACGCCCCCAAACCAGCUGUUUACAUACAGGAAUCAGGUAUUGGGGCCCCUCGGAGGCCGAGGCUGGCACCCCAUCUCCCGCACAGCCUCCCCCCUCCUAGACGUGCCCAACCCCCUUCAAAUCCAGACAUGCCCUUCCCCCGCAGACACACCCCAAGGCAGCCCAACCCCCACCCUUUCUCCGACAUCCAAGCCCCUCCCCAUCUUACCCCCUCCCGCACAGCCACCAGCAGCCAGCCCCACCCCCUCCGAUACACCUCCCGUCCUCUCCAAGAGACCUGUACCCCUCCCCCAUUUUGCACACGCCCCUCCUCACGGCCGGAGGACACGCCCCUGCCCUUGCUCCGGACUCCCUCUGCCUUAGCCUGGCCCGCCUCCUGUCUUGUUUGGGGGGGCGCUGCAGCUGGGCGGCCCCGCGCCCUCCUCCCUUGCCCCUCCCUCCCAGGGAGGGGGAGGGGCCCGUUCCUUUUCCCCGGGAACACUGGGAUCCGCCCCCUUCUCGCGCAUGCUUAAUGCUUCUUGGGAGGAGGGAGCUGGUCCCAGUCGAACCUCAAGCCCCUGUCAGCCGAUCCGGGAAGAAGGGGGGCGGAUAUAGAGCGAUCCUGAGAAAUCUUUUGAUCCAGGAGCCACGGCUUCCGUUCAACCCGACGGGGCGUCACUGCCUUAAAUGGGAGGAGCGCUUGGAAGGGGGAGAAAGAGACUAGCCGGCCCGGAAGGGUUGGUGUGGAGCUUGGAACUCCCAAGUGGCAUAGCCCCUUAUCCCUUACGGGGUUGCCCAACCCACGUGCACCCACCCCUCACCGACUGCAUGACUGCCUCUACAGCUUGUCUUGGUUCCAAGAAGCCAACCUUUCUUUCCCCCGCCUGGGAAUUGGGGGCAGGGUCUUUCUCUGGAAAUCCUUCAGGAGAGAAAAAGAAAACUCAGAACCAAGACACGUAACAGUUGGUUUGGGGACAGGGUCCUUAUGCUCCACCCCCCCCCCAAGUGCCCUUAUCACCUCAGGGCACACUCCCAGCCUGGGCUCCUUCCUAAGCCCACCGCCCCUUCCUGUCACCCAGGUCCCUCUGCCUACAGUAUUCAGUGGGAGAAACUGAGACACGUUGGUACUAGGGGGUUGAGACUGAGGCAUAAUAGCAGAUGAAGUGGCAAGAAGAGCCCCACUUUUCAGCAGCUGGCUUCAGAGAGACCAUCGACUGGGCCAGUGAGACUGAAGGGAGGGUCAGAGCAGUCUUGGGCCGUUUGCGCCUAGUGCUGCUGCAUCCAGUUCGGAGUGCCCUCAGAAACCCUGCCCCUGAUGCUGUUACCCCUCUUACUCCAGCUCCCCUCUCAAGCCCUGCCCCUCCGGCCUCCCCACGCCCCAUUUGCCCUCACUACCUGUAUCUCACCGGCGUGUGUUCACCCUCCUGGGUGUGCACACACUCUCAUUCACACACACAAAUCUCAGGAACAAACGGUCCCAGAGUCCUCCGGGACCCCUGCCCAGGGUCUCUGCAGGUCUCUGCCCCACGCGUUCCCGUCGCUGACAAAGCCACCAGCUGCCUCCUUUAAGCUUGGUGCUCCGGCUCUGGGCCUUUUUGCGCGCGCGCUCUUUCUCUCUUUUUCUCUUUCUCUCUCUCUCUUUCUUUUUCUUUUUCUUUUUUUUUUUUAAAGAAAAACAACAACAAAAAAGACAAUGAAAAAUCCCAGAAAACGUCAUGUGAGUGAAGAGAUGUCACUGUCUGUGGUCUUGGAGAACUAGUCUCAUAGCUGAGGGGAGGGGGCACUGGCACCCACAGCAGGACUUCUGCCAGGACUGAAUAAAGUGUAUUUGCCC